CGAGCCCUUCCUCGCGGGAGACGGUGUGCAGCCAGCCCCCUCCAGGCACGAUGGGAACCACCGAGGCCACACUGCGGAUGGAGAACGUGGACGUGAAGGAGGAGUGGCAGGACGAGGACUUUCCCAGACCUCUCCCAGAAGAGACGGGAAUGGAGUCGCUGGGCAGCCCUACAGAAGAUGAAAACACAUCCUCUCCCCCAAAUACUUUAAACUUUAAUGGGGCACACCGUAAGCGGAAGACGCUCGUUGCACCCGAAAUCAACAUUUCCCUGGACCAGAGCGAGGGCUCCAUUCUCUCCGAUGACUUCUUGGACACGCCAGAUGACCUGGACAUUAACGUUGAUGAUAUUGAAACCCCUGAUGAGACAGAUUCCCUCGAAUUCCUGGGGAACGGGAACGAACUAGAAUGGGAAGAUGACACUCCCGUAGCCACAGCCAAGAACAUGCCUGGGGACAGCGCGGACCUGUUUGGGGACGGUGGGGCAGAAGACGGGAGUGCUACCAACGGACGGCUCUGGAGAACUGUCAUCAUUGGGGAGCAGGAACACCGCAUCGACCUGCAGAUGAUUAAACCUUACAUGAGAGUGGUGACGCAUGGAGGCUACUAUGGAGAAGGUCUCAAUGCCAUCAUCGUCUUUGCUGCCUGCUACCUCCCAGACAGUAACCUGGCUGAUUACCACUACAUCAUGGAGAAUCUCUUCUUAUACGUGAUCAGUAGCUUGGAGCUGCUGGUGGCUGAGGACUACAUGAUUGUGUACCUAAAUGGAGCAACACCCCGGAGGAGAAUGCCAGGCCUCAGCUGGCUGAAGAAAUGCUAUCAGAUGAUAGACAGAAGACUGCGCAAAAACCUCAAAGCGUUGAUAAUCGUGCAUCCAUCAUGGUUCAUCCGGACAGUGCUGGCCAUAUCCAGGCCCUUCAUCAGCGUGAAGUUUAUCAAUAAGAUCCAGUACGUUCACAGCUUGGAGGAAUUGGAGCAACUCAUCCCGAUGGAGCAUGUGCAGAUCCCAGACUGUGUCUUACAAUAUGAAGAAGAGAGAAUCAAGGCCAGAAGAGAAAGGGCAGAAGAGAAACAAGACAUGGCUGAGAAGGAAAGGCCUGUGCCCCCGGCGGAGGAUCAGGAAACCAGCAUGUCAUGAACCGAAGUGCAGCGGAACGACUGGAGUAGGAGAGCGACGCAGCCUGGCAGUCACCCAUGUAAAUGACCUUUUGGUGUAAGACCUUGUCGCCAUCUCAUGCUGGGUUCUGUAAGCUGCCUCCCCUGUCCCAGAGAUGCAAAGUCCUUUAAACUUUUUGAAAACAUUUUACUUAAAAAGAAAAAAAAAAGAAAAAGAAAAGAAAAAAAGCCAAGAACAGCACUUUUCAGGACAGGUUCCGUCGUGUUUCAAUAACGGUCUGUGGAGAGCUGUAAGUAGCGCAAAUAGAUACCAUAUUUCCUCUUAGCAAGUUAAGAGCAUCCUGUAGUCCAUUAGUCACCAGCCCAGAAAGAGAUAUAUUUUUUGGUUAAAUUAUAAACCCUUCCCCUAACUUGCUGCUGGCCAGCAUGGAGACAUUUUGCUUUAAAUUGCACACCAGUUUCCUCCGCAGAGACAUUACAACAGCCAUCACCCCAGGGAAUAACUAAAAUAGGAAGGAAAAGAGUGCUUUUUUGUCCUUUUUAGGUUUCUUCCCAUAAAUAUCAAGUGCCCACCAGUCUACACACCUCUCCCAGCCUUGGCUUCCCCAGUUAAUCCAUUGCCAGCACAGCUUAGAA